GGUCCACUGAUAUCACGUGUCACUGUUCCUUGGCGCACGCUGAUUCUUUACAGCGACAAAUCAGUGAAGGCACAUCUUAUCGCUGCGUUGACCAACUGGAGCAGCAUUCAUCUGCCACAUAUAGACCAACGCUGCCAAACUGAAGAACCACUUUGUAGCCAUUAUGCCUCCUCCUAUGCGUCAUCGCUCCAUGCGCAUCUUUGUGAACGACGAUCGCCAUGUGAUGGCCAAACACUCUGCCAUCUAUCCCACCCAGGAGGAGCUGGAGGGGGUGCAGAACAUGGUGUCCCACACCGAACGUGCCCUCAAGGCUGUCUCUGAUUGGUUGGACGAGCAGGAGAAAGGAAAUGCCAAAGUGAAUGCCUUGGAGUCUGAUGAAGAUGGCGAGAAAGAGACUGAACCAAAGUCAAUGGAGCAGCCCUCACGUUCUUUGCGUGGAGUCAUGCGUGUGGGGCUGGUAGCUAAAGGCAUCCUGCUGAAGGGAGAUCUUGAUCUGGAGCUUGUGCUGUUGUGCAAAGACAAACCCACCAUCACCCUGUUAAAGAAAGUUUCAGAGAACCUCGCUGUGCAGCUUAAGCUCAUCACAGAUGAAAAAUAUGACGUUAAACCGUGCGUCCGUGAUGCCACCAUUGUCAUCAAGAACUCCAAGGAGCCACCGCUGACCCUCACCCUUAACCUGACGUCACCUCUCGUGAGGGAGGAGGCUGAGAAGCAGGCCGCCGGAGAAACGCUAUCAGUCAACGAUCCCCCGGAUGUACUGGACAGGCAGAAAUGCCUGACUGCCUUGGCGUCCCUCCGCCACGCCAAGUGGUUCCAGGCCAGGGCUAAUGGACUACGCUCCUGUGUGAUUGUCAUCCGUAUCCUGAGGGACCUCUGUGCGCGUGUUCCUACCUGGGCCCCUCUGCGAGGAUGGCCCUUAGAGCUGCUGUGCGAGAAGGCGAUUGGCACUGGGAAUCGGCCAAUGGGAGCAGGAGAAGCUCUCCGUAGAGUUCUCGAGUGUCUCGCAUCUGGAAUCCUAAUGGCUGAUGGUUCAGGCAUUUGUGACCCUUGCGAAAAGGAGCCAACGGAUGCCAUCAGUCACAUGGAUCGCCAGCAGCGGGAGGACAUCACCCAGAGUGCUCAGCACGCCUUAAGGCUUUCAGCUUUUGGACAGCUGCACAAAGUACUCGGCAUGGACCCGCUUCCUUCAAAAGUGCCCCGAAAACCAAGGAGUGAGACACCUAUUGACUACACAGUUCAAAUCCCACCCAGCACAACCUACAUGCCGCCAAUGAAACGCCCCAUAGAGGACGAGGAGGCUACUGAUGAGAAGAAUCCAAACAAGAAGAAGAAGAAAUUGCAAAAGAAAUCUCCAGAGGAGAAGGCAGAGCCGCCACAGGCCAUGAAUGCCCUGAUGCGUCUGAACCAGCUGAAGCCGGGUCUGCAGUACAAACUCAUUUCUCAGACUGGGCCCGUUCAUGUGCCGGUGUUUACUAUGGCCGUAGAGGUGGACGGAAAGAACUUUGAAGCUUCUGGUCCCUCAAAACGCACUGCCAAACUACACGUAGCUGUCAAAGUCUUGCAGGAUAUGGGUCUGCCAACAGGAUUGGAGCAAAAGGUAGCUGAACUAGUGAAACAGGAGGAGCCGAUGACCACACAGGAGACUUUGCCCACUGUGACCCAAAUGGAGCCAGAACCAGCACCAACCACAGACAGCCCCACUGACGAGGUACCAAAGAUUUUUACCAACAUGUAUCCAAAUAGUUGCUUUGAACAUAAAUAUUCUUAUCUAUUUCCUUGUCCCCUUUUAGGUGGAUAUGGAACGUAUGGAUAUGGCGGCAAUAACAACUCUGGCUACAAUUUCUAUAAUAACGGAGGGUCUAAUGAUGGACCGGUGGCCUCAGGUCCUGGAUCAUCAGGUCCAGGCACAAACCUGUCUUCUGGAGGUGCUGCAGGGGCGGGUGGUUUCGGCUCGUAUUACCAGAGUGAUGGCAGCUACUCGUCCCCCACUGGAACCCCAAAACCGGCCGGUAAUAAGCCGCCCAUGCACCAAAACACCAAGCCUCAAGGAUCCGGAGUGGGCCAAGGGGGUUCCUUCGGUCAGUACGGCCAGGGCUUCGGACAGAAGAAGAACUUCGGCCAGGCUCAAGGUGGUGGUGGAGGAGGAGGUGGAAACUUCAACUACAGCACUGCUUAUCCCUCACAAGUGACCGGAGGACAGGACUACAGCUAUGAAGGUUACAGCAACCAGUCAAACUACAGCUCACAGGGCGGAGCCAACCAGAAUUUCAGCAGUAGCUCCGCCUCCUACAACACUGGACCAGCAGGGUACGGCCGGGGUGAUCCCAGUAUGAACUACCAGUAUCGAUAAACCUGCCUCCCUGUGUGCAGUCCUGCCUCAUCAUUUCCAAACAAGGAGCAUCAUCCGUUCUGAUUCUGUCGUUCUCAAUUUUUGGUUUCUAUCACCAGCACCUGAGCUAAAGAAAAUAAUAGCAGUCUCUAAACUUUGUGCAAAAUAGUGUAUUUUCAUGUUUCUUUUGAAGUUUGUGUAUUUUUUAUUUUUUUUUAGUUCAAUUCUGUGAACUCCCCCAAACUACUGCCCUCAACGGGAGAAGUGAUAUAGACCCAAAGCGACGCAUGUGAGGACCUGAUAAUUUGUUAAUAUGCAGUGACAGGAUGCUCUGUCCUUGAGUGAUUUUAACCAUUCACACAUGCGUAAAAAUAUAAGAUGAAUCAGUCUCAAGCUGUAAAUCAUUAGUUUUAUGAUUUUUUUUCUUCCCUUUUUCUCUAUUUGACCAGCAACAUUUCAUGAUUUUGCCUGUAAUGGUAGGCUUUUCUUUUAAAUUAUGAAUGCACAUGUGACAUUGUUUUAAAUGGUUAUGUGAUAGUGAAAGUUGUGAUGUGUCAGGUCGUUGUAGCAUUUGGCUGUUUUGGGUGGGGGACCUUAAUUUUCCGGACAAUGUUUAAAGAAUGUGUGGUGUUUGUAAUAAAGGAUUUUAUUUUGGAGGA